GACAGUUAAAUGGGCGGGGUCAGUCAGCUGCAUGUGAGCUCAAUGCACGUUGUCGUUUUCCCUGCCAUAGGGACUUUUGUGAUGGAGGAUGAUGAGCUCCUGAUCGACACAUCCGCUUCGAGGAUCAUCCCUACGAUCAAUCUGCAGCUCACCAGACUUGUCAGUGUAAUGGCAUUAGGGUGAAACAUCUGACCUUUCUCCUUGCUGAUGCAUUAGCUAUAUAUAAUACUCUAAUAUCUGACAUAUGCAUCUACCUCUGUUAUAAUAACACUAGUCUUUACUGAACUUAGUAUAUAAAACAAUGUUAGUUGAUGAUAGUCAUUUAUAACUUUGACGUUUCUUCAAGAUACACAAACAUAUAGUCACAUCAUCACAUAUAUGCAGGCACCAUAUAGCAAGAAAUGCUGCAAUUGAGUCUAGUUACAGACUGUUUGCUAAUCAGUAAUGCCCAGUCAGCUUGCAACAAUGAUCUCAUCCAGAAGGAGGCGGUCACUUUCUGUAUCAAUGUGUCAAAGCAGCAACCCUUUCCCACAAUCCGGGUCAGCACUUUGCGUGUACCCGUCUAUGAUGACCCUAAUGAAGACCUGUACAAGUAUUUUGAUCGCUGUGCUGAUGCCAUAGCAAGCGAGGCAGAAAGGGGAGGCCGGACCGUUGUGUACUGUAAGAAUGGACGCAGUCGUUCAGCUACUGUCUGUGUGGCCUUUUUAAUGAAGCACCAGGGUCUCAGCCUAACAGAUGCCCUCCAGGUAGUAAAAAAUGCCCGAUCUGUUGUUGAGCCUAACCCGGGAUUUUGGACUCAGCUGGAGCGAUAUGAACAGGAGCUGAAGAUCAGGAGGUCAUCCAACCCUUCUCCUUUUUAACUUCAUACCAACAUUUUCUGACACUACGUUCUCAACCUUUUUUUUUUUGUCAUUGUUAAUAUUAGACCUGUUAAUAUAAUGCUUGAAUAUAGUUAAGGCCUUAGACACUUCACUGUUAAAGCUUGCUGAAAAUUAUGAAUCUCUUUAAAUAAGGGAUAUGUGCCUUAAAUUAUUCUGCUCAGGUUUUGAAAUUUAUUUGCAUUUUUUAAUUUUAAAUGUAAUAUUAUUCUUUUGAAUUACAUAAAAAUCCUCAGCUUCAUAUCCCUUGCUUGCAGUAUGAGUAGGCUAUCGUCUCUGUUUAUAAAUUAUAGAUUAUGUAAUUUAUGAAAUAAUAUAAUAUAUGAAGAAAUAUAAUCAUCAUAGCCUACAUUUUGUCCAACAGGAUGAUUGUUUGAAGAAAGUAAUGUUAUUUUAGCUGGAUUAAGGCUCUUUGGAGGGUCUUUUUCUAGACUUUUCUGCCCUUUAAUAAACAUAGAAAACCUGCAAAUUUCUCCUGCUAACUGUUAUCUCAGUAUGAUUUUAUUUAUUUUGCAUAGAUGCAAUUAAAGAGAAAUAUUUAAAUAAUGUU